AUGGGUGAGCUGCGACGUCAAUAUCGGGCUGCUACUGGAUGGCAGGCCCCUGCUGCGCAGUUAUCAAUUCAUAAUUUCCAACGAACGAAGCCUGUGAUACCGGAUCACGAAGAGUCCUUCGACCACCGCCCGACAUCUGCAUCGGCCUCCACGUCAUCAGUCAACUCCAGCAGUAGCUACGCGGACAGCACCCUGAGCGAUGAGUCGGAGAAUAGCGUGGACGCCGUUAUGGAUAUCUUCGACGGGCCCAACGGAGACAUGGGUGUGAUUCCGCUCGUCGAUCUGUGGCUCGACCUUGCAGGGAACCUCAAGCAAGAAGAUAUCGCAAGCCCGCCUGACUUCCUCAAAGAGCGCGACGCUGUUGUGAGCAUCAUACAGGCGGCGCGCGAACGCGCAUACGCGGCUCUCAACGCUCCGCCUCCAGGGGCCGCCCCCCAGCCUGAGACUGUACUUGCGCAGCAGCGUGAGGCUGACGUCGGAGAGAUAAAGACGAAGGGUUCAACGCGAAGUCUUCUUCGAAUGCCGAAGUUUUUGCGGAAAUGGAGUUUGGGUGUCAAGGCCGUGACGAAUCGGAUUUGUGAUCCGCAGUUUAAGACUCUGCGAUGA